AUGGCCGCCUCCAGCUCCUCCUCCUAUCUCGCCGCCAAGAGCUUGGCCUGGGCGAGCGGCUCGUUGGCCGCGGCGGGCCGCACUCGCCCCUCGCUGCGUCCUGCCAACCAGCUCGACGUCCUCCAGAUCUUUGUCCCAGGUCUGCGACCCCCCGCCUCCGGCUUCUCCACCGCCAUCACAAAGCACUACCACCAAAGACGCAAGAUCGAAGACACACAAGCCCUCGUCCGACGCAGAUUCGCUCGCAACCACUCCACAGACACACAGCAGCGCUCCACUCCUUCCUCCUCCUCCUCAUCGUCGCAACACAACCACUCUUACCCUCCCCCUGGCACACUGUCUAAAGAUGCAAAGUCCACAUCCGAGUAUCAGGGCCAGUCCGCCGGCGCACCUCCCAAGCCGCCUACCACCACCACCAUCAGCCCGCUCCCAGCCUCCACCAACACCGCUGCAGAGCUCGGCUCGCCCGCCAACCAGACCGCCGCUUCCCAGUCCUUGAUUGCGGAGCAAAAGGCAAAGGAUGCGCGCGAGCUCGAGGCAUCCAAGCCAAAGGGACCCCUCACCACCCGCAUCUGGGCCAAGGUCAAGGAGGAGGCGCUCCACUACUGGCACGGCUCCAAGCUCCUCGCCAAGGAGGUCAAGAUCUCGUCGCGCCUGCUUCGCCGUCUCCUGCUCGGUUACAGCCUCACUCGCCGUGAGAAGCGCCAGCUGAAACGCACAUUUGCCGACCUCCUCCGCCUCAUCCCCUUCAUCCCCUUCGUCAUCGUGCCCGCAGGCGAGCUCCUCCUGCCCGUCGCCAUCAAGAUCUUCCCCAACAUGCUGCCCAGCACCUUCGAGAGCAAGUUCUCCGUCGAAGAGAAGCGCAGGGGCCUCAUCAAGGUGCGCCUCGAAAUGGCAAAGUUCCUCCAGGAGACCAUCAAGGAGGGCGGUCUCCAGGCCACCGACAAGGUCAAGACCUCGGAAGAGUUCAAGGAGUUCUUCCGCAAGGUGCGCUCCACCGGCGAAUCGCCCAGCAACCAGGACAUCAUCAAGGUCGCUCAGCUCUUUGAGGACGACCUCACCCUCGACAACCUCACGCGCCCCCAGCUCGUCAGCGUCUGCCGCUACAUGCAGAUCAACGCCUUUGGCACCGACAACUACCUGCGCUACCAGAUCCGUCACAAGCUCAACCGCAUCCGCCAGGACGACAUUGUCAUCUCCCACGAGGGCGCCGACAACAUGUCGCAGUCCGAGCUCGUCAGCGCCUGCCAGAGCCGCGGCAUCCAGACCACCAACCUCUCCGAGGACCGUCUGCGCCAGGAACUCCAGCAGUGGAUCGACCUCCACGUGCGCAACAAGAUCAGCGGCACCCUCCUCGUGCUCAGCAAGGCCUUCAACUACGUCGCCGCCGGCAACAACGACGUCAACGCACAGUCGCACCUGCGCUCCCUCGAGCUCACCCUGAGCUCCCUGCCGGACAACCUGGUCAACGAGGCCGAGCUCAGCGUCAACUCGGAGCGCGCCACCAACAAGCAGCGUCUCGAGGUGCUCCAGCAGCAGGAGGAGCUCAUCGAGGACGAAGCCGAGCAGGAGCAGGAGGAGGCCGCGGCGCGCGAGGCCGAAAAGGAGCGUCGCGCCGCCGAAAAGGCGCGCCUGGCCCGCGAAGAGGAGGAGGCGCGCUCGCUGCUGCCCAAGAAGGAGACCGAGGCCGACCCCGCGCUCGAGGACGCGCGCAUGACCAACGAGCAGCUCACCGAGCUCGGCGAGGCGCUCAGCAUCCUCUCGGCCAAGUCGUCCGUGCUCAAGGAGCGCGAGGAGCUGGCGCAACUCAUCAAAGAGGUCAGCAGCUCCGACGCCUGUGCUCCCGACGCCUCGGCCGCCACCGCAUCAUCGGACGCUGCCGGCGUCGCUCAGGAUGGCUCUGCUUCGACCUCGGCGUCGGCGACCGAGACGAGCGGCGAAUCUGCCGCCGCGCCAUCGUCAUCAUCGUCGUCGUCGUCGUCGCGCAGCAUGGCGAAGCGCAUCAAGUCGAUGCUGGAAAAGAUCGACAACCAGCUCGAGGAGUACGACCGCGACGUGGGCUCGCGCAUGCACCUCAUCGAGGCGUCGCACACGGGCAAGAUCUCGGUGGACGACCUCGAGCAGGCGCUGCGCCUCAUCAAGCACAAGCCCGACGACGAGGUGAUCGAAAAGAUCGUCGACAAGCUCGACGUGGACCACGACGGCCUCGUGCCGCUCGACGACGUGCUCGAGCUCGCGCGCGCCGAGACGGGGCUCGGCAUCCUCCGCGACGAGGGGGUCAAGCAGAUCCACGCCCAGGGCCAGCAGAUCCGCAACAACGAUGCGCGCAAGCCCAAGAAGAGCGACAUUGUCGAGGAGUGA